AUGUUUAUAAAGAGAAUAGCAUCCUCUUUUUCAAAAAGUCAUCAUCACUUAGUGAUACCUUAUUACAAUAAAGGUCUGAAUCUUUAUUUAUUGAUAGGCAUUCAAAACCCAAUUAAUAAUAGGAAAGCUCUAAACUUUGUUACGGAAGAUUUGAAUAUGAAAGAUCCUGAUGGAUUUAUCUAUGCUUUUAAUAAUGUAAUCGCUUCAAUCAACCAUGAAGAUUUUAUAGAAUUUGCUAAUUAGACAUGUGAUUCUGAACUAGUGAAAGGAUUUCAAACAGGAUUUAAGCGUCUAAAAGAUAAUAAUCAAUUUAUUGAACCAAUCUAUGAUCCUGAAAUUGAAGAAGAAAUUCUUUUUUCUGCUUAUUCUGUUUGUUUCGAAUUAGAUGAUGGAAAAAGUUAUUAUCUUUAGGUAUAGUGUAAUUAAAUUUAGAAACCAAAUUGGGAAUUAGAUUUAAUUGAUAUGAAAAUUGAAUUUUAUAACAUUUUUCAUUCAAUGAUUAGAAAUCCAAUUACUUCAAGACCAAAAUUAACAGUUAUUUUAGAUUGCUUUAUCAAAUGUAAGACUAGCAUUAAAAUAUAAAAUUUUGAAGUAUUCUCAUAUAAUCAAAAAUAUUAGUUACAUCCGUAUUCAUAUCAUGCUGUAAAAUUUAUGUCUUAAAAGCAUAAACAUGAUACUAAUAUUCUUACUCUUUUAAAAGAAAGCAAUUUUGAAAAAUUGUUAUUGGGAAAGAAUUAUAAUUGGAGAAUAAUUAAUAUUGAUAAUUUUCUGAAAAGAUGA